AUGAGCAGAAGAUCGAGUAUAUCCGAAAGACGAGACGAUAUAGUGGAGUCUGUAAAAGCGGCAGAAUCACCGAAACGUGACGAAGCCAGACAAAGUAGACAGCGUUCAUUAACACAACGUGGAUAUUACUAUAUGCUAGAAAGGAAACUUGAGUUUUUCGCGAAAGAAACAAGUGCCUUUCGAAGAGCGAUUGAUGUAACGGCAGACGAUGCGAAAUCUGAUAAAUCAAAGCUAGAGAUAGCUUUGACAACGUUGAAAGUUAUCAAGGCCGGGUACGAAUCAUCUAAGCGUGACCUGGAAGAAUUAUUUAUUCAAGACAGAUGGGGAGACUCUAUAGAAAUGAUAAACAAUACUCGUGAGGAAAGUCGAACUUUGAUUGAUCUCGCUGAUACCGUAAUAAUAGAGAUGAUGUUAAAACUCGAUACAACAUCGGAGAUCCAGCAAAAUGAAGCGCCAUCGCUCCUAUCUGAAAAAACAAAGACUUCGAAGCAUUCUCGACCAAGCAAGUCACUAUCGUACAACACGUCAACAAGCUCCGUCAGAGCGAAAGCCUUCGCGGAACUGGCCGCUGCAAAUGAACAAGCUGAAUUUGAUAUGUUAAUUGCAGAGAAAGAGAAAGCCAGGAGAGAAUGCGAAGCCCAGGAUGACCUGAGAAAAGCGACAGAAAGGGCAAAACAUGAUCACGAUAUGGCAAUCCUUAAAGCAAAGAAACUGAAGGCUGUAGCUAAUGCGAAAUUAGACGCAAUUGAACAAUCUGUUGACGGCAAAGACACUGCCAUUAGGAAGCUGAAUGUCAAGCACGAAGAUACCAGCGAAAGAACUCGGACGUGGUUAGGUGAUCAAAGUCAAGUUAUCAAUGACAAUAACAGCGAAGAACUGAGUGAUUUAUACGAACAGAAAGAAACGAUUACAAACCUACCCACCAAGUACCAUCCCGAAAAACCAGUUUUCCACAGGAAAGUUACAGCGCCUCAAGAUAGUAACAAUCAACAUAGACCCGCUGAGAUGCAAUACUGUUUCAACGCAAUCGUAGCUACAAACGAACGGUUGGUAGAAAGUCUAGCGAAGCAAAGUCUACCAAAAUGCCACCCAGACUUGUUUACUGGAGACGUAACAAUGUUCUAUGCCUGGAAACAAGCCUUCAAAGCUAUGAUCCGCGACACGGGUAUAUCUCCAGAGCAAGAAGUAAAUUAUCUGUAUAAAUAUACUUCUGGAGAACCUCGACGAUUGCUCGAUAGCUUCCGAAAGCGCCAGCGUAAAGAUCCAAAGAAAUUAUUAUCUGAAGUCUGGACAGAGUUGGAAAGUCGAUUUGGUAACAUUGCGGCAAUAACUCACUCGUUAUUGGAACAGUUACGGGAAAAGGCAAAAUUCGAAGAAAAUGAUAGGAAAAGACUCUUAGAAUUUUCCGACCUUUGCGCAGACGUGGUAUAUCAACUUGAUGAAUUACCUGGCUUAGCCUGCCUAAAUUAUCCAACGGCAAUUCGCCCAAUCGCAGAGAAACUUCCUGUCUCAUUACAAUGCAAAUGGGAAAAGAAAGUCGUAGACUUCGCAAUAGAGAACCAUGAUGCCUAUCCAGGGUUUCGUGUCUUCGCUAAAACCAUUGGGAAGCAAGCAAAACUAAGAAACCAUCCGAAUAUUGUAAGUGAACAGACACAGAAGAAGAAAUGGCGUCCAGGAAAGCGUCCGGAAGAAAGCAGAAUCUUAAAAGCGGAUGUAGAGGACGACAAGAAAACCUAUUGUUUGUUCCAUAGCUGCGACGGUCACAAGCUGAAAGAUUGUAAGACGUUUGCUCGCAAAACCCUACAAGAAAAGAUAGAGUGGAUAAGAAAAGCAGGACUUUGUUUUCGAUGCCUUUCAUCUAAACAUAUCGCUAGAGAUUGCAAAGCCGACAUUAAAUGUGCCGAAUGCGACAGCGAUCGACACUCUGCCCUGUUACAUCGUGAGAAGAAGAAGGACGACGAGGAGAGAAAGGCUGGCUCGGCGGGGGAACGUGAUGAAGUCACGUCAAGCUGCACAGAAAUAUGUAAGAACGACAACCGAGGACUUUCAGCAAGCAAAAUCGCUUUAGUGGACGUUCCCCUACGAGAAAGACCAAACGAUACCCAUAGAGUUUACGCGUUACUUGACGAGCAAAGUAACGCAUCCUUAAUUAGUCCUAAAUUGGCCGACAAGUUAGGAAUUAAAGGGAAAAGCGAAAAGUACCUCUUGUCUACUUGCAGUGGUUCAAAAGAAGUGAGAUACGGACGACGAGUGUCCGGGCUGAUUGCAAAAUCUCUGAGCGGAAAAUCUCUGACAUUACCCACCUGUGUUGAGUGCGACAGCAUCCCUGAAGACAAGCGUGAAAUUCCAACACCUGAAAUGGCCCAACAAUUUCCUCAUCUUCAGUCAAUCGCGAGCAAGAUCCCUCCUUUUGACCCAGAAGCAGAGAUAUGUCUAUUAAUCGGUCGCGAUGCUCCUGAAUUCCUGAAAGUGAGAUCCUUCAUCAAUGGUCCCAAAGACGCACCGUGGGCGCAAAAAUUGUUACUUGGAUGGACGAUAUGCGGACAAGUAUGUUUGGAACGCUUAGGGGGAGCAGUGCAUAUCUCAGCCAAUCGAACUACUAUUCAAAAACCAAAUGAAUGCGCUUCGAGCAACGGACACUGCUACUCUACAAGAUUUGCAGAGCUACAAAGCCCAAAGCCCGGAAAUUCCACAAAUUUCACCUUUACUCCCUGCCCAAAUAACCUGAUGGUCAAAGAAAUUCUCGGCGAGAAGAGGAUUAUCAACGACAUAUACCACACCUCUUCUAACGAUAACGAAGUCACAUUAUCUAUCAAAGACAGGCAUUUCGUAGACAUAAUGGAAAAAGGGAUCCAUAAGAAUGAAUUCGGUAAUUGGCAGCUUCCACUACCAUUCCGAUCUCCCAACAUAAUUCUGCCGAACAAUAGAGAGCAAGCUGUCCGACGACUUAGUAAUUUACUACGUGUCUUCGCAAGAAAGCCUAACAUGAAGAAAGACUAUUUCGAAUUCAUGGGAAAACUGUUGAAGCGCAACCACGCCACACCACUGACAGAAAGUAGAGCGAUUCGAGGACAAGACCAUGAUGACAUCAAGCGAAGAAAUGUUUGGUAUCUACCUCAUUUCGGGGUCUACCACCCAAGAAAGCCCACUAGCAUCCGAGUUGUAUUCGAUUCAUCCUCCGAAUACCAAGGAACUUCCCUGAACAAAGAACUCCUUUCUGGACCAGAUUUCCUGAACAGUCUGCAUGGGAUAUUGAUUCGUUUUUGUCAGGAAGCAGUCGGUGUCAUAUGCGACAUAGAGCAAAUGUUUCAUUGUUUCUAUGUCAACCUGGAACACAGAGAUGUACUACGCUUCCUUUGGUUUAAGAAUAAUGAUCCUACCGAUGAAAUCGUUGAAUACCACAUGACCGUCCACCUUUUUGGAAAUACAUCAAGUCCAGCAGUCGCAACCUUUGGGUUAAGAAAAACCGCAAAAGAUGGCGAGGAGAGUUUCGGGAAAUCAGCCAAAGAGUUUGUACACAACGAUUUUUACGUAGACGACGGACUGACCUCUCGAUCAGUUGAUCUCGUGAAGAACACCCAAGCCAUGCUUAGUACAGCCAACAUACGACUUCAUAAAGUGGCGUCAAACUCGGUAGAAGUUAUUACAGCAUUACCAGAACAAGACCGAGAAACUAAACUCAGAGAACUUAAUUUGUACUCAGAUCCCCUACCAACUCAACGUUCAUUAGGAGUGUGCUGGGACUUAGAGAACGACGCCUUUACAUUUCAAGUCCAGAUCCCGAGCAAACCUUAUACACGUCGAGGCGUCUUGGCCGUGGUUAAUUCUGUCUACGACCCACUCGGAUUUCUUACACCAAUUACAUUGAAAGGAAGAAUGUUGCUGCGUAAACUAGUUGAGUUGGGGAAUCAAAAACACGUAGAAAGUCCAACUCUUGGUUGGGACGACCCACUACCUGCGAGUCUAAACCGAGAAUGGGAACAUUGGAGAAACGCUCUUAUUCGUCUUAAGAACAUCCUCAUCCCUAGAUGCUAUCAUGGAAAAGAAUUUUGUCGUGUCAUUAGCUCGGAGCUACACGCCUUCUCUGACGCAAGUGAAGAAGUAAUUGCCACCGCGAUCUACCUAAAGCAAAUCAGCUCCAAGGAAGAAAUCAGCGUAUCACUGGUCUACGCCCAGGCAAAGCUCGGACCAAAGAAGCCAACUACUGUUCCUUGUUUGGAGUUGUGUACUGUCGACACAAGCAGUUAAACGUGUUCUCGCAGAACUUAGUAUCACGAUCAAUAAAGUCACCUAUUACACAGACUCUAAAGUAGCCUUAGGAUACAUACAAAACGAGAGUAGACGGUUCUACGUAUAUGUCGCUAAGCGGAUACAGAUCAUCCGCGGGCUGUCAGAACCCACCCAGUGGAAAUUCAUAGACACGUCAUAAUCCAGCCGACCUUGCGACUAGGGGCUCAACCGUCAAAAACCUUGUGGACAACCGAUGGUUUGAAGGACCGGAAUUCCUCACUAAACCUGAAUCGGAAAAAGACGUCAUACGAGUGGAAUUCAGUGUACAGAACGAAGAUCCAGAGUUGCGGCCCGAAAUUACUAUUCACGCUACCCAACUACGCGUACGGAGAGAACUGAAUUCGAGAAAAUUCGAACACUUUUCUAGUUGGUCUUGUCUCCGACGAGCGCUCGCGAACUUAAUCGCCGUAAUCCGAUUAUGGAAGAAAAAGAAGAUACAAGUAACGGAGAACAACCCCAAAGCUCGUCGUGGUCAGUCAUCAAUCCAGCCAAAGUCAAAGAAAGGUCCGUCGUUAGAAGAAUUGAAACAAGCCGAAUCAAUAAUGAUUAAGAAAGCUCAGAGCGAACACUUUGCUAACAAAAUUACGAUAUUAUCAGAAGCGUCCAAAGAAGAGUGCGGUCGAACGCCCACAAGUACCGAACUGCUAAAGAAAUCAAGCGUGUAUCGUCUCGACCCCUUCCUAGACAAAAAUGGAAUUCUUCGAGUUGGAGGAAGAUUACGUCGGUCAGACCAAGAAUACGCCGAGAAACACCCUGCAAUCCUUCCCAAGAAACGUCAUCUUUCACAUCUACUCAUCCACCAUUUCCACAACAAGGUUCACCACCAAGGACACCUUAUCACCCUUGGCGCAGUUCGAACAGCUGGAUAUUGGAUAAUCGGAGCUAGUCGAAUGGUGUCGAAAAUACUCAAUGAUUGUGUGACGUGUAGAAGACUUCGGGGAAAGUUUUUAACUCAGCACAUGGCUGAUCUACCUUCAGAGAGAACCGAAACUCCCCCUCCAUUUACCAAUGUCGGAUUCGAUGUUUUUGGACCAAGGACUAUCCAUACCAGGCGGACGAGAGGCGGGAUAGCCAACUCUAAAAGGUGGAGAUUAAUCUUUACGUGCUUGAACAGCCGUGCAAUCCAUAUUGAAGUUUUAGAAGCCAUGGAUUCCAGUUCCUUUAUUUGCGCAUUACGACGUUUUCUAUCCAUUAGAGGUCCAGUUUCCAAACUGAGAUGUGACUGUGGCACAAACUUUAUAGGGGGAAAGUCAGAACUGGACCAGGCGUCUAAAGAUGCGGAAUUAGCAAAUAUCAAACGAUGGGUCACAGAACAAAAUUGUGAGUGGCUCUUCAACCCACCCCACACGUCUCACUUUGGGGGAGUGUGGGAACGACAGAUUGGGACAGUACGUCGCAUCCUGGAUGCUAUGAUGCUCAAGAUUGGACCUUCUCAACUUACGCACGAAGUGCUUACGACACUUAUGGCAGAAGUAACCGGAAUAGUUAAUGCUCGACCAAUUGCCUUGAUACCAACUGAUAUCAACCAACCGCAACCUCUGACGCCAGCUAUGCUACUAACGAUGAAAACAAAACCACUUCUUCCCCCACCAGGAGUGUUCGUCCAUCAAGAUUCAUACUCUAAAAAACAUUGGCGAAGAGUCCAGUACUUAGCUGACCAAUUUUGGAUCCGGUGGAGACACAAGUAUCUGCAAAUGCUGCAACCAAGAUCAAAAUGGAACGAACGCCAUCCAGACCUCAAGGUUGACGACGUUGUCCUUAUGAAAGACGACGCCCACCGAAAUCAAUGGCCAAUGGGAAGAGUGGUGGACGCCAUCAGAAGCGAAGACAACAAGGUCCGAAAAGUGAAGAUUGCCGUGUUGAAAGACGGGGCAGAAAAGAUAUAUUUACGUCCGAUCAAGGAAUUGGUCCUGCUUGUACGUGCAAAGACUCAAUCCAGGGAAUGUGAUACCUCAUCAUAAUAGGGCGUAGCAAGACCUUCGGUCUUGGGCGAGGAGUGUCAUGUUUCGAUAUGCAAAUUUAUCAAGGACGGUACGAUAUAAAAAGCGUGAAAUUACUUUUAUAUAGUUAGUUGGGGUUGACUACAGAACAAACUUUUUACCGGUGCUUAUAAUGGGGAUUAUCAUGGCUUCAAAGCGAAGCCAACCUGUAUGAACACUUUGUUUUUUUUUGUUUGCUCAUUUAAUAUAUUUCUAGACUUCUAAGCGAAGUCAAGCUUGAAUACUUUUGUUUUAUAUUGUGAAAUAACACUGGUUGGAGCUACGCUCCCAUUCAGGGGACGCGAUACUGUGUCUUAAUGACAUUACGUUCUGCCUGCACUAUAAAACGUUUCGGUUACAAUCCCGACAUCUGCCCUCAAUAACCAUACUCGGAUCGCGGCAAAGCGUCAUCUGAAUGCCGGACUAUCGUCACGCGGUAAAAGGGUAAAAAAUGACACGAUGUUCUGGCUGCACCGAAAUCGUUACUCCAGAUAUACAUGAGCUCAGUGGUAUAUAUGCACAGACUAAGCAUGAGCUUGGGUUAGCUGUGUUUGUAAAAGUGUUUUCAAACAUGGCCGGCGAAAGAGAAGAUAAACCUCAUGCUGUUGAGAAUUCGAGCUAAUCAACGUUGUCUAAAGCGGUUAACUCGCUAGAAAGGUCGGUGAAUUUACUUAAAGAGUCGACUUUACAACAACCUGUGAAUGAUGAUCUUAGAGCUUCGCAAAAUCGGGCAAUUGUUAACUAUCGGUAAGUUUUUUCCCCAGCCUGGGGCCAGUUGUUCAAAGCUGGGUUAUCCUAACCCUGGGUUAACUUAAAAUUCAAAGCAAACUUCCCAAGGGCUUGUUUAUAGAUUUGGAAAUGUUUCUUCUGAGAUCUUAUCUGAAUCGAUAGGAGUUCAGUUCUCUGAAGUUUUGAAAUAAACAGACGUGCAGAACAAAACAGCAGGUUAAAUUUUCACCCAGGGUUAGCGCUAAACCACCUUUGAACAAUCGGCCCCAGGUCUAUAUAUUUGCAGAAAACUUGUACACCACUUGUUAUUAAUCUCAUCCGUGUUCGUUUAAAGAAACAACAAAAUAAGUUCAAAACAGUUUGAAGUUCAAAACAGUUUAAAGUUUAGAAGUUGAAAUUGCAAGAAUAUGUUCUUUUACAAAUUUGACAAUUGAAGGUGGAUAAAAGUUUUCUUUCUGGGAACCUGGAUUUUAUUAGACCAAGAAAUAACAAAGUUACCAAGGACACUGCAGAUCUUGUCAUUCCAGAGGGGGGGGGGGGCAAGGCUGCAGGGGCUUCGGUGGCCAAGUGGUUAGCACACUUGCCUUUCACCUCUGAGGCUGCAGGUUCGAGUCUCACUAAGUACCUUCUCAGUGCGACUCGAACCCAGUCCCCAUGUGAAAAGAGUAAAAGUCAAUGCUCUGCCGAAAGCCGUGGGUUUUCCCCGGGUACUCCGGUUUCCUCCCACUGGGAAAGUUGACAGGGUGGGUUAGGUAAAAAAGGGCCCACAUUAAUUGGCAUAUGCUGUUGUGGUGACCCUGCCCUAGUUGGCAAAGCUAAAUAAAUAAAUAAAUUACUUCAUUUAAAAAUUACAAUUCACAUUGCUUUAUAGACGUUUUUGAAAUUUUGUUUCCAAUUUUUUAUGAGCACAAUAGUACAUUCAAUUGACUGGUGUUUUUUCAAGAGGAUUUGUUUGCACAAUGAAAUGCACUGCUUAAUCUAUUGGGUGAGGGGGGGGGGGAGAUGUUACCAGAAUAUUAAUAUUUAGAUCUCAAUUUGUGUUGCAAUUUCUAGUGCGAUUUUCUUCUGAUGGAUGUGAAUGAGUAGAUGAGUUAUGAAUGUUCUGAGUAUAUACUGUAUACCCUCAUCUGAACAUUCAUAACUCAUUCACUUGUUCACAUCCAUCAGAAGAAGAAAAUCGCACUAGAAAUUGUCGGUGUAAACAUGCCUUCUUAAGCCUGAAAAUGCAAUUGAAAUUUGUCAUUCCCAGCUUACAUUUAUUUUUACUUCAUACUUGACUCUCAGUAGUGCAAUAUAAUUAUCAAUGAUUUUUUUAUAGGAAUAUAUUUCCUGGCCCAUCAGUAAUGGACCAGCCAACAACCUCACAAAAUUAUUUGGCAGGAAAUAUUGUUUCUCAUAGUUCUGGAAAUUCACAGUCUACCUUGAGUAAGAGCAAAGCUAGUAUGCCAGCAUCAUCUGCUAGGCAAUCUUGGCCAGGUAAUUACCAAAGUUGUAAGCGCAGUUAUCAAAGUACACUCAGUUCAAGAAGAAACAAAGGCAAGUCUUAUUUUCAACCAUACAAGAUCAAAGAAACGUGGACACAUGAAUUUUGUGUUGUAGCUAACAAAGAUCAGAGGAAAGUUCCAUCUACUGCAUAUAAACAAGAACUGCAUGAAGCUGGACUUGGGCAAAAGACUGUUAUCUUUAAAAAUAAAAGAGGGGAAUUCAGGCACAUCCAAGAAGAGCUAUUUAACCGUUUCAGCAAACUACAACAAGCUGGUGGUUUUGAUCUAUAUAGGCAAAGCUCUGGCAAAGACCUAAUUUACAUAAAACCUCCUCCAAAUGGCUACACAAUUCCGUUUUUGAAGAAUGACUAUGGAAUUAAAUCGGCAAUAAUAUAUGUGUUGCCAAUUCAAAGAAACCUUACAAUGGAUCCAGAAGUUGUUGAAGAAAAUGUACAUGUAGGUAUUAUUGCAACUAUGGUACUUAAUACUCUUUGAUAUAAAGACCAACAGAUAGAUAAAUAAAUGUAUUUAAUGAUAGUUGAUUUCACGACCACAAAUGUUCUGAACUUUGUUGCAAAGUUUGCAAGUUUGUUGCGAAGUUCAAAAGUUCAUAAUGAGAUUCACAAAUUGGCUUCUUUUACUACAGGGACCAAUCAGGGGCUUUGUUUACAAAUUGGCUUGUGAAUUCCAAUAUGAACGUCCGAAUUUUGCAAUGAACUUGCAAACUUUGCAACAAAGUUUGGAACAUUUGUGGUCAAAGUUUUGUGAAAUCGACUGUAAAACAAGGUGGUUCUAUCACUAUCUACCCUGAAAGCAGAGCUUGAUUUUUCUGCCGAUCUUGUGUUUAGUUCGUCCGCCAUAUACAGUAUGUCCAAAAUUUAAAACUUAAUCAAAGUUUGCCUGACAAUAAUUAAGCCUAUGAAUUGCCUAGAUUUACUAAAAAGUGAACCUAGGCAUUGUAAGUCAGGUAAAAUAAACUAGCAAGAUAGCAAUUGUAAAAAUAUAGUAAUAGUUUGAUUUCACAACUGACAAACACUAUAUCUAUUUAAAAUACAUUUGAGAAUGUUUUUGUCAUGCUCUAAUUGUACAGCAUGUGCAGUGUACGUGCAUAGCUUGUUAAUUGCGAUGACUGUAUUUGAUUGGUUCUGUAAAUUUAGCAGUCAUUCUAAAAAUAUAAGUGAUUCUUUUGACAUGUUUUGACAUAUUGGAAACAGAGCAUGCUCAGCAGAAAUCAAAGACAGGCAGAGCCUUAUUUUAUCCGCGAGGAGAAAUCAGGCUCUAUUCUUAUGGUAAUCAUACUGUCAGAAAUAAAAAUUACAAAUUAAUUUCUUCAUUUAGCAUGAGGAAUUAUUUCAUUUUUUUUAAAAGUGUAUAUAUUAAAAUGUUUAUACAGCUGAUUCAAUUAAGGUUGUCCUUCCAAAACCAUAAACAUUAAACUUUGAGAGUACAAGGGAUGAUUGGUUUUCACCUAUUAUGCUUUCAAACUCAGAAAAUUGCCUUUGCAGCAAGUAUGUUUUUAGAGCUGUGCGCUGGAGUGCCGGAGCUCCGGCAUAUUUUGCCUGAGCCGGAGUUGGAAAACUUUGGCAAAAACUCCGGCAGACAAAAUUAUGAAAAAUUAUUUCAUAUUUCAAUGAACAUUUGGUAUUAAAUGGAAAAUGAAGUUGUUUACUAAUAUAUUACUAUUUUUAUGUUGUUUUACUAUAUAUUACUAUGUUGUUUACUAUUAAUAGUGUUGUAAAAAGGUGUUUAAAAAAGAUAAAUUAUGAAAUUACACUGAAAUACUUUCACCUGCUUCCACUUUUACUGUCGAGGCAAUGGAAGUGUUGAUAAAAUAUUGCACCAAUUCCUUUCCUCAAGUUGAUCAAUUCAUUUGAAAGAAAAUUGAUCAACUUCCUGUUACUUUUAGAUAAGCCAAUUAGAUUUCGUUUCAGAACCGAUUGACCAAUAGGAAACGCACAGGAAGUAAAAAGAAAUCAGUUGAAUAUGUAUGAAUUGAUCAACUUGAGGAAAUGAAUUCAUGCAAUAUUUAUCAACACUUCCAUUGCAUCGACAGUAAAUAUGAAGUUUCCUUGCCGGAGUUUUGACUGCCGGAGCUAAAAUAACCGGAGUUUGCACAGUUCUAUAUGUUUUCCGUUGUGAGUCUUCUAUAUGUCUGAGGUAUUCUUGCAAAGCCAAAUUUCAAAGUUUAUGAGUCUAAUAAGCAAUAACCCAUCAUCCCUUGCACACUCACAGUUUAAGGUUUCAGUUUAUUGGAAGGACAACCUUAAUUGAAUUAGGCUAGCUGUAUAUGACAAUCAUGUUAUUAUGCUGGAAUUUGUCUUUCUAUGGGGCAAUGGGGGUGGGUGGUUGUCACAAGCAUUUCAUGGAAAUCAUUUGUUUUUUUGGUGAAAAGAAAAAAAAAUCUUUGCUCAGUUGGAGAGGGGAAAUUAUUUCUAAAUGUCAUCUUCAAAACAAAUUUUGUGUAAACAAGGUAAUCAUAAAAGCUUAUGAAGCAUCCAUUGUUUUAUCCACACACACAUACAUUAUGCCACAAAGCACUUUUCGAAAUUAGUCACCGGUCAGGUGGUGAUGAUUCCUAUACAGAUGAAACAGGUUACUACGUAGUGGAAACUUUUUGAUGUAUCAAAACUAAAUCUAUUUGCUCUAUCUAUAUGGUAUUCAGCACUCUUUGGCAUUUCGUGAACCAAAACGUACUCGUAUAACUAUAGCGCUUGAGAUGUAAUUUGUAUUUCAAAUAUGUAUGUAGUUAAUAGUUACUAUGAAACAAAAGUGUAAUGAUAGUUUUCUCAAAUAGGUUGAUAAUGAGAAUGUUGAAAAACAGGAAUGCUAUAAUUGUUGCCAAGAAAUACCUUUAUACCAACUAUGCGAGCAUCUUGAAUCAUGCUCUCAAGAAGUACCAUCCAAGGUUAUCAAGGUACUGUAAUUAUUUUGCAACUUUAAUUCUUCUCUAAUUCCAUACCUUUUUCAAAGCUGCCCUUAUUGGUAAAAUUAAUGGUGUUUUUUACUUCUAUACUCUCCUUUUGGAUGAUCUUGAUAUAUCAUCAUGCGUUGCAUUAAAGUAAAUUAGGAAAGUAGAGGGCAUUAUACUGGCAUUGCAGAUGAUCAUGUCUAUCAGAAGCUACAAACAAACAAGCAACUUAAAUACAAAUACAAAACAAGUGUAUCAGGUCUAUCAGAAGCUACAAACAAACAAGCAAGCAACUUAAAUACAAAUGCAAAACAAGUAACUCCAAAGAUUGAUAACAUUUUUAUAUUUAUAAAAAUGCUAACAUUUAUAAUAAAUUUAUAUUUGAUAUAAAAAUGUUAUCGAUCUUUGGAGUUACACUCGUUUUGUAUUUUGUUAAAAUACUCAGUGGUUCUAAAAAUACAAAUACAGUGCGCUUCUAUUGAUAGAAGCUCUCCAUAUCAAGUUUUAAAAGCCUGAAAUAAACUGAUGGAAUCUUACAGACUCGCACUUUUCUCAUAGCUUUCCACGUGACUCUUUGUCUUCCGCUAUUAACUAUUUGCCUUCACACAUUCUAACACUACGCUUUAUUUUCAUGUAUUAUGUAUGACAUCAUCAUGCUUGUGUAUAUGUAUAUACCUACUUUAGUUUUGUAUUGCUAUUCCAAAGAAUUUGAAGAAAUUCGAAAUUUUACUGUAUCAGAGAGUCUUAAGAUGUCUCUCUUGUUCUUUGGAGAUUGCUUCGUACUGUAUUUCUUGUGUACUUUUAUUUUAAUAGCUUAUGGAUGAUGGUGAAAAAGACGACGAAUCUGUUGACGACUUACCUACCUGCUCGUUUUUGGAGUCAGAUGACUUGACAGGUAUACCGUCUGUUUGAUAUAAUUGAAUUUCCAUUUGCAUUGUUCAUAACCCAAGUGGUUCCUUGUGCUGAUAAUACAACAUAGUAUUAUUAAAUCACUGUAUUUCUUUUGAACUAGUGCAUUCUCAAAGUCAGUCUGAUUUAUCACAUCUGCAAAAUAUCUUCCCACAUAAAUCUAUGGAUACUCUGAAGUCAACACUUGAAUCUAGUUACAAUGUAUCGGACGCUGUAGAUAAACUUCUUGAUUCAGGUAUAUCGUUUUUCACUUAAUGGUUUCCCACAUUCUUGACUUAAUAUUUUAUUGACUUAAUAAUGCUGAUGCGGUAUAUAUGAAUCUGUCAAUCUUAAAGUCUUUGACUCAAGCAGUGCUAAUAGUCGUUGGCGCAAGCUUUGUGAUGUUAUUUUCAUGUAGUUUUGCAUUUGCACGAUUUCUAUCAUUUAUGUAUUCAUGACGACAAUUCUGUGAACAUUUUUUCCAUUGCCAUCAACAGAUCGACGAUAUUGAAAACUUUGACAACGUUCCGCCGGAGAUAAACGCAACUCUAGCGAAUGCAGGUUUCACGAAACUCCUGUCAAAAGAUAACAAGAGAAGUGCGAUGGCUAGUUUAAUGAUUCAUUGUAUCAUCUCAAGUAGAAAGGCAGAACUAGACCAGUUCGCACAAGGACUGGAUCCACUGCUCAGAGAGGCGAAGAAAGCACCAGAAAUGUUUAAACCUCUAUUUGUGUACAAUCAGAGUAUAAUAAAACUAAAUGCAGAAAACUUCAAGGACCUUCUUGAUAUCAGUUGUUUGGAGGACGACUUGAAAGAACACCCUCAACAAGUACAUUGAGAGCAAAGGUACAUGUCCCUGAUGUAUGUUGUUAUUUAUCUACUUGUCAAUAUACCGUUUACAAUAGACAGCACAGAAAUAAUACAGGGACAUUCAAAGCCACAUCAGUAGACACCACAACCUGUUCAGAAGUUGUGACAUUUUUGGCUUUGAAAUGUAGGUCAACCGAAUCCCGUUUAGAACAAACCAUAUUGUUUAACAGUAAUUGGUAAAUGUUGCCAUGGUAUUCUGACUAUAAUCGCAUAAUUUUUUACACAUGUAGGUGAAGGUCAACUGGAAAAAUUACUCUUUUUUUGCACUGGUGUUAGUUCCGUUCCGCCUUUGGGCUUCAUUAAGCCAUCCAAGAUUAGUGUUACCUCAACAGAAAGUGUGCUACCGAAUGCUAACACCUGUCCCAUGGAGCUAGAACUUCCUACUAAAAAUGCUAGCUUUGAUGAAUUUAGCAGACAAAUGGAUUCAGCAUUGGAUAUACAGAGCAGUGGAUUUGGAGUCCCAUAAGGUCGUUGCCGUUCUUUUUCCAUUGAAUCGCAGUUAGGGUGAAUUUUGUUGUUUUUCUUUAAAACAAACAAAACCAUUAUGUUAGUAUUAAAAAUAUUGUAACUGAGCUAUUUAUUUGUGUCUGAAAUAGUGUAGCAUUUUUGUUGUGUUAUGAGUUUGUCCACCUUUUUCACAGGCUGCUAUACAGGGUGUAUAAAAAAAAGGUAAUCGAACUUCAGCGCGCUAUUAUACGUGAAUUACUUGGCGUAUGAACAAUUGGUUUUCAUAUUCGGAAAGAUCAGGCUUUUAGCUAUUGAACAACAUGCUUUUCAUGCCUAGUGGAGAAAAAAUAAGCAUGUACGAGGCUGAUUAAAAAUGUUAGUCAAACUUUACGUUCAGUCGUAACAAUCUUUAAGAAUUUUAAAAAUAAUUUUAAAACAGUUGAUAUUGUUUUAUUGCGAAUAAUGUUGGAUGAAUAGUAAUUCUUUAUUAUUACUGUUACUUUUAAUGGUAUAAACUAUUGGGAGCAAUGAAAUGCAUAGUCAAAUCGGAGAGUUCUGAUUUUUGGAAGGUAAAACUAAAUGAAAGCCAACUUUUUUACAACUAGACAUAAUUUUUUUAUGAAAUAUCUCGAUCGACUCGAUGUUUUCUUUUAACUAACAUGUAAUGAUAGAUCUAAAUUUCACAAGCGACAAAGACAAAAAGAUGGAAGACUACGAUUUUACGCUUGUUCUAAAUCUCUCUGUUUGUAUGUAAAUCAUUGCCAUUAUAAGGAUGCCAGAGUUACAGUUCAGAUUAUUUAAAUUAAUUACAGUUCGAAUUAGGAAAAUAGAAAUUGUUGUAAAAAAAGGUUGGCAUGGUUUGUGCGUGGUUUUAUCUGUCCGUAAUCAUAACUUUCAGUUUUACAUCUCUGCCUAUGGUCAUACCUCAUAAAAGUUAUUGUUAAAUUAAAAUUGUUAUUCGUUGCUUGACACUUUACUGAUUACAAAGGAUAACACUUCUUGAUAAAUAUCUGUUCCAUGUUGAGUGGUAUUACGUAGUGGAUCAAUUACUGCCCUAAGCAUUUCAUAAUCAGUUGCUGUUAAAGGUGAUUGCGUUGCAGGAACAUCCACUUAAACUGUUUCACCAACAGCCAUAGGGCCUUCCCAGUCAACUCCAUACAUCUGUAAUCAGUAUAGGUUUGAAAAUGUCACUCAACCAUGUAAAUUUGUCACUGUAAUUUGCAGUGUAAGAGUAGUGGGUACAAGCAGUGAGCUUCGGCAGGGGAUUUGGGUUAAAGCCUUUCACACAAAAUAGGAGGGGUGAAGCAAAAUUUUGAUGGGGUUGAACACUUUAUUAGAGGGGUUAGAGAGAUUGUAGGGGGGGGGGGGGUUAACCCCCCAGUAAAUCCACCAAGCAUGAAACUAGUUUCUCGUGUAAGUCUUGUUAUUCUUGUUCAAUAUAAACUCUUUUCCAUUUAAAAAAUAUAGAAAAAGAUAUUUUAUGCCCAAACUUAACUUUUACUGUUAUGUAGGGUGGCCACAAUUUUUGCUUUGUUUUGAAGCAGAUUGGCCAUUAUGUGCGACUGUUCUAAGCUGAUUGGUUGAGUUUAGAUAUCAUUGUUUAUCCACCAAUCAGAUCACUUUGCUGCAGAAUUUUGGACUGCUACUGAUUUUUGCACUGUUGUUACAGAAUGAAUACCACUAUUUAUAUCCAAAAGCAGGCUGCAUUGAAUACCACUAUUUACCUUGUCACACAAUAAUAACUAUCGCAGAUAUCAAACCUGUAACAAACCUGUACUUCAUUUUCUUGUAAUUCGUGAGCAAUAAGAUGCUGAGAAUUUGCUAUGGAGUACACAGUCCAGAGAACCAGAGCCUGAUAGGCGACUUAUUAUUGGCUGUCCUUAUUGGUUUUCUGUUCCAUCCCUCAAUAAACAACUGUAAGUGGUGGUCUAUGCGAGGUUGAUAGAUGUGCUGGAGGCACCAAAUGUGUAUUUCAUCUCCAGGGUCUAACAAACCAAUAUCUUCCAUAUAGUGAAAGAGGUUGUAGUAGACAUACGUACAUCCUGUGAAGACAUCUGUCCACAAUCGUUCUGGAAAACAUAAGUAGAUUUUCAAUAUGUAAUUAUGUAAUACAACUCAAUCAUACCAAGAAUUAAAAAUUUAAUUUGAUUGCUUUAUUACUUAUGUAUGGUGAAACACACUAAUGUCCACUCAGUUGUACUCAUACAUGUGACUGCAUGUACUCUAAAUUCAUUUUGCAGUUAUAAAAAUUAUUAUCUUAAACAUAAAUCACAUGAAUUUCAGCUCUGCCUCUGGAAUCUUGAGCUGAAAAUCCAAAAUUGUUGGAAUAAAACGUUACCAAUUCUUUGAUUGUGUACACUUCGUCCAGCAAUGAAACUCCCUCUGUCAGGACCUCUGUCCUUGUGUGUCAACAUGAACCAUGCCACAUCUGCAUUUUCUCCACCAUGGUCUCCUAAUGCAUACAUAUGUAUUUUGAAUUAGAAUUCUGAAACUCAUUAAUAAUUAAUGAAAAGCACAAAUUAAAGAAAUUAACUUAAAGAGACAUAGAUAAUAUUAAGCAAACUUUAGAGACAAAUUCUUAAAAUGUUGAUGUUUUAGGAAAUCAGAUAAUAAACAGGUGCCCCUUUGUGUAUUAUAUGUACUAUUAAAUGCACGUCAUAUUACCUUUACAGAAUGAUUUUUUUUCCAAUCGCAGUGCAUUCGUAAUUUUGAUACCCUAUAUAUGAUCGCACUCUUAUAUGACACGCAUUAUAACUAAUACACUUACCCGUGAAGGUAAACCAUACCUAUCCACACCACUUAGGAAGCAAGAUAACACAGUUGAAGCUUUAUUGUCUGUUGAACACCUUAAGAAAAUUAUCGUACAGGAAAAACCAUCAAUCAUACCAUGUAUUACAAACCGCCAUCGUAUCAGUUUAUGAUUCCCAUCGAGGUGGUAAAGCGCUCUAGGCGAGUAUACAUUAUACCCUCUUCGCUGUAUAAUUCGACUUUCCAAUGUUCUAAGUAGAACUCCAUUUGGAUCCACUCUGUGCAUACUUUCCCUAACUCCCAUCUCCUUUACACGCAACCCUCGCGCAGCAAGAUGGCCCAACAUUCGCCUGUAUCCACAGUUAGGGAACAACUCGAGAACCUUGUUCAUCAAGGUAUUCAUUGGUAAUAUCAGAGUAUUUCUGUCCGACUGACAAUGAAUACAGCGCCAAUCUUCUUUUCACUGUGCUUUUAGAUGUUCCAAGCAUAUCUGCCAUUUCUGGAACAGAAAAACCCAAAUCUAAGAAUAGUGACCUGCUCUUUAGGUAUAUCAUAAGAAGGCCUUCCCCUGUCAUUUGUGAAAAUUAUUGAAGCAUGGUAUCCAACAACCUGAGAGCGUUGCUGAUCUUCUGUUAUAAUUCGUUCGGCCUCAUCCAAAUAUCGAUAGAUGUCUUAGGGAAUAUUUAUCACCCCUUCACAUCUUGGAAGAAAACUUUUCAUUGAGUCAAUUCGAUAGGUUAUGCUGUCAUAAGUAUCUUCAUUCGGUGUGCUUUCUAACAUACGGCAAAUUUCCCGGACAUUUCUUGUAUAGUGUUGAAGUAAUUGAUCUCUAAAAUCGUAGUCGGCCAUGUUUUACUGUAAUAAAUCAAUAUAAAAUAUACCACUGAGCUCAUGUAUAUCUGGAAUAACGAUUUCGGUGCAGCCAGAACAUCGUGUCAUUUUUUACCCUUUUACUGCAUGACGAUGGUCCGGCAUUCAGAUGACGCUUUGCCGAGAUCCGAGUAUGGUUUUUGAGGGCAGAGGUCGGGAUAGUAACCGAAACGUUUUAUAGUGCAGGCGGAACGUAAUGUCAUUAAGACACAGUGCUACGUUUUAUAGUGCAGGCGGAACGUAAUGUCAUUAAGACACAGUGCUCAACCGUGUGGCCAGAACAUAACAUUGUGCAGAGAGACGUGUAAGCGUGACGUAAAGUCAAAACCGUGUGGCCAGAACAUAACAUUGUGCAGAGAGAACGUUGUGUAAGCGUGACAUAAAGUCAAACCGUGUGGCCAGAACAUAACAUUGUGCAGAGAGAACGUUGUGUAAGCGUGACAUAAAGUCAAACCGUGUGGCCACAAAGACGUGUCGUUAUGUUGCAACAUCAUACGAAACAAGUAGUCUUGUAUUUUUGAACCAGAUACCGCUCCAUAUAUAAAUAUGAGUAAUCAUGCUUUGAAUAGGGAUGAAGGUGCCUAUUUGCCAGAGGGAUACAUGCAUCUCAUUGGUAGGUGACGUCGUUCCUUGGGUAUUUAAGAGGCUGUUUCCAUAAAAACCUCCAGGUCAAUGUGGGGCUCAAAAAUAGAUUUCUCUCAUACUCUAGUACUUUGAACAUCUAUCCUUUGGAACAUUUAAAAUGGAUUUCAUUUUACUCAAAUUUCCUUUAAAUUAUUUUUGGGGGCGAUUGAUGUUUGAUUGGCUGGUAACCAACAUGAACUCUGAAUGAAUGCAAAAUAUUGACAUAUUUUCAGCACUAUUUUUUAAAUCAAAUUCAUACCUAAAUUUCAAAAGUUUUGCUCAGAAUUAUAGACUUAUCCUUCUAUUUUCGUUGGCGAUAUGACUUAGAUAAUUAUUCUUUGGUAUAAAAUAGAAAACAGCACAGUUAUUGACCCUCCUGAAAGGAUAACAGAUAUAGUCUCAACAUACAGGGUGUAUCAAAAAAAGCGCAAUCCUCGACUGAAAUGUAAAGUGCUAAACAAAUAAUAGACGAAAACGUUAAAGUUUACAUUCAUUUUAAAGCGUAGCCAUUCAGCUUUCUAACAGUGGGUUGUUUCUUAAAUUUGACUCAUUGGUUCGCGGGUAAUAAUACUUUACGUUAUUGCGAUUGGAGAUUAAAAAAAUUGAGAUGGAAUAACAAAUCGUUCUCAUGAAAAUAACUGAUUUUUUCAUUAAAACAAAAAAAUGUUGCAUUUUAAUAAAUGGAUUGUAACAAUAAGUAUAAUUACGGCUUUUCUUCCGCUAUUUUUAACACAGUUUGAAACUUCAAAUGCGAUAUAAUUUUGGCUUGGACCAUCUAAGCUGUCUGACAUCAGCUUGCUAUAAUUUCUGUUUACAUUACAUCGCAAUUCGAUGACACUCUGGCUCAGACAUGUACCAGAAUGUUUUGAUUCUAUUAUUUUUAGCAUUCGUUUACAGAAUGUUUUGAUUCUAUUAUUUUUAGCAUUCGUUUAGGAUUUUCAAACAACCUGGUCUCUUUUAAAAUACUUUUAAUUUGUUCUUACGUGGUUUUCCAGAUGUAGUGACGACAACAUUAAAGUUUAAAGAAGAAAAUUCUAACAUUUAAACCGACUAAACAAUAACAUAGUAAACUUGCAUAAUUAAACAGCAACUAAAAAUGAUAGGUUUUACGAAAUCUUUUCCUGUGCAAUUAUUACUAGCAUUGGAGACAAGAAUAAUAGUUUGUUUAAAAGAGAAAAGAACAGGCUUUGAAGUAAGCCUAAAAGCGUUUAACUAGAAAUAGUAUUUCGAAAGUUAUUAAGCACAAAAGAUGAAUUGCGUUUAUUUUGAUACACCCUGUAUAUCAACUUUGAAAGCUUAUUUCAAAAUCGUGGCAUUGAUUGGCACAUGACUUCAACUUUUUUAUAAACUACCAACAUUAGUCAACACAAAUCGCCAAUAAUAUCUUUCUGCUUUACCAUUUGACAAAAAUGACAAGCGCACAAACUUUGUAAAUUUUGAAAAUGUGUCGAAAUUGAACAUACUUUAUCGGUAAACCUAAUUAUGAUAUUAACAAAUAAAACCACCUUAAACUACACUGAAUGAAGCUUGAUUAUGUAAAUAUAUGUCUUUCAUCAUCAUUAUUCUUUGGUUUUGCACUCGAAAAAAAUUGUUCGAGUACAGUUGCUAGAAAACUAUCCUGAGCAAAACUAACAAAAUAUUGACAUUUUACAUCACAGCGAGUAUACAUUUCUUUCGGCCAGGGGUUUUCCCGGAGAUUUAAUUCGUGCAUUCUAACAAAAAUUUUAUAAAACAGUUUAAAAACCGUUGAAAAUUAUGUCUGUAGUAUGACCAUUUCGGAGUUUUCCAAUUUCAUUGAACAUUGUUAUUUGUUAAACAGGUGAAGGUAUUUGUUAAAGACCAUGUAAAGUCUGUUAUGCGCAUACUUUCUGUUCAUCGCUACAUUCCAAACGUCGGGACCUGACCAUUGGAAUGUUAAUAUAGGCAAUAAUAGUGUCAUAUUGAAAAUGGCAGACAAAUCAAGCACACAAGCAAGUUCCUCUUUGCAGCAAGGCGACGAGGCUCGUAUUAUUACUUGAGAAGACAAGGUUGCCAAAAAAAUAGCGAUAUUACACGGAGAGGGACAUAAGCAAGAUUUAUUUGUUCGAUCAGCACAUGAGAUGGCGAGAGUUGAUGAACAAGUUGGAGCUUAAAUCCGACAAGGACCUAGCAGCAAUAUUGCUGAACAAUUACAUGUCUCGCAAAAAUCAGCAUUUCAUUUAAAUGACUCAACUAGCAAUAUGAUUUAAUGUUAGUAUAUGUUUCAAAAGUGCUGCAGGUUUUUUUUAUGUUGUAUUGGUUCAUAUUAACACAUCUGUCUUCUUAAAAACAGUGAAGUUGAAACUCAAACUGGUGGUGAAGAGCCUCAACAGGUCUUCAAAACGACGCCAAGACAUAUUCAUUCGCCAGGUGAGUUACAGAUUAAACAGGAAUAAAAAUAAUAUAAUACGACAACAUGUAACUAUACUGACUUUCGUUUUUUUCCUGUUUAAAUAAAGCUGUGACUUCGACUUGGAAUUUGGAAAGAGCUGCACAUCGUUUCUUAACACCUAAACACCGGCAUUUCUGAAAAGACAAUGUUCCCCUCCCUUCACCAGCAAUGUAAGUUCUUAAAUGAAACAAUUUUAAUUUCUUAUGUAUUCAAUAUUAUAAUAUUUAAUUUUGCAACUAUUAAAAGUGUAUAUUCAAAGAAGUACCAAGAAGACUUAUUGCUGUAAGUGUUAGAGUUGUUUCCUGUAACUUUUCUUACAGGCAUCACAGGAAGCUAAGAAAAUGGUUUAUUAUAACACAGGGACUCAUAGCCAAAUAGUUAUAACAAAUCAGCACCUUGGUCUCUGUGAAUGAGAUUAGAACAUAUUUUUAUUUAUAAUAAAAUGUGUUUACAAUUAAUGGUAAGCCCUGGGCAUGCUCUGGAAGGUAUUUAUAAUUAGCCUUUUUCCCAAAAAAGAUCACAGUGCAUUCUGGAAUUGUUUGCAGGGAUAAAAAUAUACAGUGACAGGCGUGAUUGAAUGGGUUACGUUAAGCAUUAUUUUUUGCUAAUUUUAAAGGUCUCGAAUAAGCUACCUAUCGUCAAUAUUGAAGAGAACCAUAACUGUAAAUGAGAGCGAAGACAGUGACGAUUCGGAAGACAUGGAGGAGCUUAACCCACUAAAUAGCUCGUUGUAAGUUCAGACCUUAAAAGAUAUAAAAACAGGUUUUAGGUUUGUGCACAGUAUUUGUCAUGUGAAAUGACUCAACAUGGCAAGUUUCAACAUAUAUACUUUCAUUUUUAUUUUUUUUAUUUAUUUUUGCCCAAUUUUCCAAAGUACAAUAAAAUUUAACUAUUUACAUUUGUAUAAUCUAUACGUAGGGCUAGAGAUCUUUUAGAAACCCUUUUGGGCUUUUAUUUUAAGACCCCUAGUUAUAACAAAACUUUUAUUACUUUGUAUAAUUUCAUGAUGUCAUAAAAAUAGUACAUAAUAUAAUAACGAAAAUAUAUACAAUUGUGAGAGUCAGAGAGUGUUUAAAGGAAAAUUAGUCUAUUUACAAGAUUUUUCAGAUUUUUUAAACUUUAUACAUUAAAAUAGGAUGAUUAAUUAGCUGAUUGGUGUGAUAUAAAGUAUGUUUUCACAUUUUUUUUGAAAACCAUAUAUGAUCCAAUAUUUUUUAACUCCAUACUUAAAUUAUUCCAAAUGUCAAUACCUUUACUAACAACAGAUUGUUUUCUAUAGUUUGUUCUUGUAUAAACUUUAUGCAAUUUUUUUGAAUUUCACGUGCAAUGUUCAUGAAUGUUUGAAUUUUUUAUGAAGUAUACAUUAAAAAUGUCGGGUAAAUCAUUAGUACAGUUGCAAUGGUACAUAAAUAAGCUGGUAAGGUAAUCGUUAAUUUUGAAAAUAUUUAAUAUUUUCAAAUCAUUAAAAAGUUUUGUAUGUUCUGUGUAUGAUUUAAAUUUCAUUAAUCGAAUAAUCUUCUUUUGAAUUCUGAAAAGAUUUUCAAUUUUCGAAGGGUAUGUAGUACCCCAAGCUAAAUUACCAUAUGUAAGGUAUGGAUAAAUUAAAGCAUAAUAGGUCAACUUUAUAGUGUUCAAGUUUGUAAAAUGUCGCAAUUUUAAAAUUAGUCCAGUAAACUUGACAAUAGUUUUACAUAUAGAAUCGAUAUGAUUUUUCCACGUUAAAUUUUCAUCAAUUAGUACACCCAAAAAUUUUGUAUAAGAGACCUUUUGGAUCAAUUCAUUUCUUAUUUUUAUUGUAAUAUUAUGAGAUUCCAAUUUUUAAUUUUUUGAUUUGAAAAGAAUUAAUUUCGUUUUAGAAGCGUUAAUUGAUAAUUUAUUAGCAUUAAGCCAAUUCAUAAUUUUAUUCAUUUCUUCUUGCAUUAUAUUCGUUAAAGAGGUUAAGCAAGAAUUUGAAUAAAAAGCAUUUGUGUCAUCUGCAUACAAGACAAAUGAUAUAAUAUUACUACAAUUUUCAAUAUCAUUGAUAUAUAACAAAAAGAGCAAAGGUCCAAGUAUUGAUCCUUGAGGAACACCAGUAGUAAUAGUCAUUUCUGAUGAAUUGUAUUCUUUAUAUUUUACUAUUUGUUUUCUUUCUUUCAAAUAACUUUUAAACCAUUCAAUGCAUAAUCCUCUUAUACCAUAAUGUUCUAACUUCUUUAUAAGAAUUUCAUGGUUGACUGUGUCAAAUGCUUUUGAGAGAUCAAGGAAAAUUAAACAUUUGGCAUAUAAUUUGUACUUAGAAUGUAACUGUUCCUUUGUCUUUUUAUUAUUGUCAUUUUUUAUAGGCUCCAAGUAGAUGACCUUGAGAAAACGUCCCUUGAAAGUGAGGUGUAUGAUCUGGAUGUCGAAGGGCAGGAUGAUAUCAGAGCAAGUGUCUAGCUCCACUAACAAUGAAGACAUCAAAGAGGAAAUCAUACAACCUGCAGAUGUUUUCAAGACAGAGUACUGUAUUGUAGCAGCAACAAAUUUGAUACAAUUACUCUACAGAGUUCAUGGCAAAAUAUGUAAGCAACCUGGACAUGACCAACUAUUGAAUUCCAAGAAACAUAUCAUGGCACAUGUCUUGUGGUUACUUGUGACUUGUGUUCUGUUCUUGUUAUAUCUUUAGCAAAUGUCACAUUGACUGCUACAUACAAUAUCAAUUGAAAUAUAUUUCUUUAUAUUUGCUUUAUUAUAUAAAAUUCGUUUCAUUAUUUGUUUUUUUUUCCAUAAUUUAACAUUAGGGUAUCUUUGUCUACAGAUUACAAUGCUUACCGGUGCCAUAUUUCAUUGCAAACACAACACAAGUAGUACUGUAGGAGUAGUAAACCCCCUGGAGGGCCUAUAUAUGUAUAUAUAUAUAUAUUACUAAUAGUACACAUUAUAGGGUGGCAGAUCAUGCAGUACUAGGAUUCUGAGACAACCGAGUCAAGCCAUGUAGACAUUGAGACAUGUCCCCCAAUCUAUAUGUUAAAAGAGGCUGUGACACCCCCACCAAACAACUUGCAAGUGGGCAAUGCCCUAGGCCUACCUUUAUUCUGCUCAGUAAUGGCAGAUAUAGAGAACUUAGUUUCAUCUGAAAAGAAAUCUAACACUAAAAGAAAAGUAAACGUGUGGUGUUCAGCAGUUAACUGUUUGAAGAGUGAUAGUAUCACACUAUCACAUGUUGCUGGCUAUCUGCUCCAUAAAUGUUCACAAAAACACAGCUGCUCAACCUGAGUCAAAUGAUCUGGAUGACAACAAGACAUUAGAUUGUUAUUUCAAGAUAUAUGACCAAGACAAAUUCCAAUUUGGAGGUCUGCAUGUGCCUUCAGCUAGUUUCCUGGAGUAUGUUGUUCAACUUGAAGCAGUCUUUUUCGAAAACUUCUCUAUUUAUACAAAGGCAUUCCUCUGUUGGAAGUGAUAUCUUCAGGUUACUCAAGACAGAACCUGUGCCAUUCCAGCUGUUCUUGAGAAUGAGAAUAUAUUACUCACUGAAAUUUGCCAACCGUGAUUUUCGAACAACUAAGAAAAAAAAAGGGCAAAAAAUAUUUGAAUGUGUCGCAUCUUUAAUCGACAUGACUUCAAUCAUAAUCGUUCAUAUUUUUACUAAGUUUGACAUUUAUAUUGACAAUUUAGAACUUUAGAAGUGCCUAUACAGUGGUUAUUAUAUAGCUAUUGCCAUAAUUUGUUCAGGUAGCCUCUCAGAAGAGAGAACAAAAACCGAUCAACUUUGUUUGGCACAGAACUGAGAGGACCAUACUUAGUCAUACUAAAAAUAUUGUAAAGAUGAACACAGAAAAACAAGCUAUAGACCAAAAUAUACUGCUACAGUGCUACUGCUGCUAAGCAACCUUAUAAUAUAUAGUUAUAACAAUAGCACAGUUUGUCAUUGAAACAGCUUAAAUUCUAUUUGCGUUGAAUUACCAGUUAACCAUUAAAAUUUGAUAACUUACCUUUCUUUUACAAGUGGUAGGCAUAGGAAGAAGAAUUCGUCCACAAAACCAUGAAAUAACGCCAAUUUAAUUUGGUAAACAUUCAGCGCGGCUAAGCCCACUCCUAACACCUGACAUUCGUCGCGAUUUUCUGCAUUUUUGCUUGUUUAUUUUACUCCAAACCCGUCUAAAAUUAAGCAGUAUCCUUCUCUAUUUGUUUUUUAUCAAUCUGAACCCGACCGGCGCAAGAAAAUGGGAAAAUAUUGCCAUUUAAGUGUAAAAACCAUGUUGCUGUAGUACAAUCUUCACUCCUCUUUCCUUACUAAGAACAUGGCGGCCAAACCGGAAGUCAGAUGAUUCUGUUAGACACUUUGCACCCCCGAAUGAACUUACUGCUCAGUCCUUAUACUGUGCUUCAGGCUCGCUCGAUACGCAGGAAAAAAAGGGAAUCCUUGAUAUAUAGCUUCAAGUCAAGACCCGUCGGAAAAUGGUCAAUUAGAGACCUUUAGAUUGACGUUUACGGCAAAUGUCAAACCGCUAGCGAGAUUUUUAAUUGUACAGCUCUAUUAUAAUAGCUUUUACACCAGUUUUGAAAUAUGUUAAACUUAUUAAAGUUGUGCUCUUUAGCAAUGAUUUAAGAAAAGCUAUUAUAAUAGAGUUGUAAAAUCAAAAACCUAGCUAGCGGUUUGACGUUUGCCGUGAACGUCAAUCUAAAGGUCUCUCAUGUUUGUCGGAAUCUUUAAUUGCUGUGAAGCAUCGGAAAAAGUGAUACGGAAAUCGCGAAAAGUGCUACGAAAGUAAUUGUGAUGUGCGGAAAGUUUUUUUUUUAACCAAAAAAGGUGUCGGGGAGAUCAUAGUUAAAAUGUUAUGGUACGGAAAUUUUUUUUGGCCCCACCUGGGUUUUUUUGCUGGCCCCCUCUGACCAAAAAUCCUGGCUACGCCUCUGUAAUAUAAUAGUUAGAUUAUCCAUGUACUAAAAAUUUUACCGUGUUUAAAUAAAUUUGUAUUGAUUGAUUGUGUGCCAACGUCUGAGCAGGCGUCUUGUUUAACAAGUGUUUUCUGACCAUCAGAAUUCCGCAAAAUCUUCCCCCAAAGUCCAGGAAAUGGCAUUUGAGAGACUCUAGGUUCAAAAAUUUUCCCGGGGAGAAUGCCUCCGGAACCCCAUACAAUGCUUGUGCCUACAGUGCUCGCCUCUUCCUACAGUGCUUCGCUGCCAAACGGCUACAACACCUGUACCGAGUAUCAAGGAAAAGUGCCGCCCGUAAGAUCUUUGUGGAUGAAAGUCCAGGCUAUGACGGUACUAUCGACAAUGCCACCACCUACUUUACCGAAACCUUUGGUCCUCGUACAUGUGAUCCUGCCAAACUCCUCGAGGAACUGUCAUCCUUCGGCUGAACCUGAUAACUCCUUGUUUCGAUGCACCCUCUCCAGACGAGCUUGCCACCAAACUUCGCUCCAUGUGCAACUCUGCCCCUGGUCAAGCCCGAUUAGAAUACCGCCACCUGCGUCUGUUAGAUCCCAAAUGCAAAAUCUUGGCCAAAAUGUUCCGCCACUGCUUUGAUGCGAAAGAUGUCCCUGCAGCUUGGAAAUCUGCCACCACCAUCUUAAUUCACAAAAAGGAGCACACCUCCGACGCGAGCAAUUUCUGACCCAUUGCCUUGAUGUCCUGCCUUUAUAAGCUUCUAAUGGCCGUUCUUGCCACAUGUAUGACCUCUUUUGCCAUCCAAAAUGACGUCCUCUCCAAUGAGCAGAAGUGCCCACCCUAGCGAAGGAUGCUAUGAACAUGCCUUUCUCUUGGAGUCUGUUGUCAACGAUGCCAGAAGACAACCUUGCCCCCUGUGCCUUGCUUGGCUCGAUGUUCGAAAUGCAUUUGGCAGCAUUCCACAUGAUGCCCUCCUAACCACCCUUUCCCACUUGGGCUUUCCUGCAGACCUGGUCCUGAUGAUCAGCCAAAUCUACACCGGAGCAACCACGGAAGUAGUCACCCCCCCUUGGCAAAACCCCACCUAUCCCUAUUCACUCUGGUGUCAAACAAGGAUGUCCCCUCAGCCCUGUCAAACAAGGAUGUCCCCUUUAGCUUCAUUCCGAAGUGCAACGCCAAAGCCCAACAACUACCAUGCGGCUCCCUCCAACAUCAUGGACAAUCCAUUUCGAUUCUGGCGUAUGCUGAUGAUCUCGUCAUCCUUGCCUGCAAUAAAGCUUCACUCCAGUCUCUCCUGGACGCUGUCUCUUCGGCUGCUGACAUCCUCCAACUACGAUUCCGCCCUGACAAGUGUGCCAGCCUUUCCUUAAACAAGCAAGCCCCCCCCCCCCUCAUCCAACCUAACAUUUUCCUAGUUCAAGGCGAACCAAUCCCUGCCCUUAAUCGUGAAGAGCACUACAGAUACCUUGGUGUACCCAUUGGCCUGAUCCAAAAUGUGACUGACCUCCACAAACUUGUGGAUGAACUUACUGACAAACUUGAAAAGAUAGAGAAGUCCCUCUUAGCUCCAUGGCAAAAACUCGACGCCAUUAGAACCUUCUGACAACCCUGCCUUACCUACGCCUUCCGCUCCACGCACCCCACCACAAAAUCCCUCCAGUCCUACUGCUCCAAACUAAUCCAAACCAUCCGUUCCAUUUGCCACCUACCAACCCGAGCUUCAACCCACUACAUCUUUGCUGCGAAGCUGGCGGUCUUGGCUUCACAGACCCAGUGAGAGAAAAUCACCUACAAACCGUCAACAUUGUACAAGCCGUCAAGAUGCUUGCCUCACAGGACCCGACCGUAUCCUCUGUCGCCAAACGUGAACUUCGACAAUCUGUCCGUUUUGCUGCCCAAGCUGAUCCCACCCCCUCCCUAGUUUCCAACUUUCUAUCUAAUAACCCUGAUCGUAACCUUAAAACCAUUCGUUCACGCACUGGUUCCCUUUGGACUCGUACCUGCCAGGCUACUAAGACCAUCAAAGUCACCUUCAACGUCCCGGACAAUGGUUCCCCCUCCAUCAGCGCUCCCAACUAUGCUGAUGAAGUCGCCCCCAACGUGAGCAAGCUGCCCAAAACCUCCGGGAACUGCCUGACCAAAGCAAAGUCCCUCGUGCCCUCACCUCUGACAAAUUCGCCAAUGGCUCCAACUGGCAUUUCACCAGCCUCAACAUCAGAUUUAAAGACUGGAGAUUUAUCCACCGUGCCCACCUCAAUUGCUUGCCAACCAACUCUGUUAAAAGCCGCUGGUCAGAUUGCUCUCCUUCCUGCCGCCACUGUGAAGAAGACAAAACCCUGCCUCAUCUGCUUUGCCACUGCCUAUCCAACAUGCCUGCCAUCACCACCCGCCACAACAAGAUCGUUGACUGCUUAACCAACGCUGUCCGCUCAGGCUCCAUUGCCACAGACAAAACCGUUCAAGAUAGCGGCUCACCAGUCAGACCUGACAUUGUCAUCAUUACCGAGAACCAAGUCACCAUCAUCGAUGUCUGCUGCCCUUUCAAGAACGGACCAGAAUUUUUUUGGAGGAAGCUGUCGCCCGUAAGGAAGUUAAUAUAACCACAUCAAAUCCUCCUUCGAGGCUCAAGGCAAAACCUGCAACGUUUUCGGUUUCGCUGUUGGUGCCCUCGGCACUUGGUUUCCUGGGAACAAACAAGUCCUCACCACACUCAACAUGACUCCUCGAUAUAAGAACUUGUUCCGUAAGCUGUGUUGUUCUGAUACUAUUCAAGGGUCUACUGACAUCUAUCACCAACAUCUUGGUUGCGAUGAUGUCCUUCCUUAAAAUAUAUUGUUUUUGUUUCUCUUUAAAAUAACUCUCCAUUUUACCACCUCACACUUAUCAUUUUUCCGACUAGCAGAUAAGAGCACUUUACACUUAUAUUUGCCAACCCCAGGCACCAUUUUUU